AUGGAGAUGGAUGAGGACCCAGAUACCCUGCCUGCCCAGGGGCAUGGCAACAUCAUCAUUACCAAGUAUGAGCAGGGACACGGAGCUGGGGCAGCAAUGGACAUGAGGCAUAAGCAGGUUGACAUCGGGAAAUACACCAAUCACCUUGGGAUUGUGCAUGAGACGGAGCUGCCCCCUGUCAGUGCCCGGGAGGUGAAGCAAAGACGUAAGGAAAGUAAAUGUACCAACAAGUGACGGAAGAUGCUUGCAGACUGAACAAAAUAUAGGAGCAGCAAGAAGCUUUUUCAAAGAGUGAACGAAGGCAUUCUCCUGGCGGUGCAGGGCCAGGCAUGGUCACUCCUGCUGGAUACUGACAAAGUCAAGUCCCAGAACCCAGGGAACUAUAAGGUCAUGAAGGAGAAGGGCAAGAGAUCCUCCAGGAUCACCCACCGCAUCGAGCUAGAUUUCAGCAGCACCCUACAGAACCACAUGACGUUCAUACAAAGAUCUGGAGUCAAGCAGCAGGAAUUAUGUGACAUCCUCGUGGCCUAUUCUGCAUAUAACCCUGAGGUGGGCUACCACAGGGACCUGAGCCACGUCACCGCCAUCCUCCUCCUGUAUCUGCCAGAGGAAGACGCUUUCUGGGCACUGACCCAGCUGCUGGCCGGUGAGAGGUACUCCCUGCAGGGUAGGUGGACAGCUUAUUCUACAGCCCAAAUACUGCCCAGCUCGAGAGGCUCCUAUUGCACCAGGAGCAGGUGUUGCACAAGUCCUUCCUGAAGAUCAUGA